GGAAGGAAAGGGUUAAGCCUAUUACAGAAGACCAAUCAGGACUGGGGGAGCACUGCAAACCUCCGCAGUAAGAGAGAGAGAGAGGGAACGGGGGAGAGAGGAGAGCAGAGCGGGAGAUAGAGAGAUACCAGGAGUGUGAUGGUUUGCACUCCUAUCCAGACAGUUAGGCAGGGAGGGAGCUCAACACAGAGUUGGUGAGAUGAGUAUUCACAAACCUGUCCAUCUGGAGGGAUAAGAGGAAAAAUGGGGACAAAGGGAGGAGAAGAAGAAUCCCACCAACAUCCCUGUCAGGACUAAUCUCUGUGGACUUUUUUUUUCCCCUCUCUGUCUGGGACUCAGGAGGGGAAGAACAUCUGUCAGCUGAGUGACCCUUGUAUGUUCAUCAAUAUUCAAUCACUAUUCUUGGAUUACUGCUGAGAAGGAGCAGAAGAUAAACCCGGCAGUUUCAAUCGGUCGACCCAGAUUGUUGCAGAGCUGCUACAAGAAGGGACAGCGUGGUGUAUGGACCAGCUCUGAAGCAUCUGUGUUUAUCCUGCAUGGUCACUGCGAGAGAAAAACGUGGCAUUGAAGGACAGACAGAUGAUGUUGCACGCAGCUCCUGCCACCUAAAGUCCAAUCCUCGUCUGGGAUCUUUUUGCAAAUCGACGAGGCAGGCUCUCUCCCUGAUGAACUCGCUUCCCACUACCUCGUGAGGAUGACCUUCUCCUGAAUCGCUGAAUCAACCCCCCUCCCGUGCAUGUAUAAAAACUAGUGAUCACAAAUGUCACAGUGAUCACACGUGUCAUGGUGAUUGGACACACAAAUGCGCUCGAAUAAUCUGCUGCACGUGCGCCAUCUCCAGUGAUUGAGGGUUCAGCAUGUCGAGGGGCAAACUGGAGACCUGUGCUCAAUUUACAUGUCAAUGGCAGCUGGAGCCAGGCGUACAGAGACUGAUGAGAAAGGUGGAGAGUGAAGGCCUGUUCCAUUAGUGCUCCCAGGGGGGACACGGGCCUGGAUGCUGCCCGGACGCACUGACCUCUCCUGGACAGAUUCUGGACAUUACUAUGGUGUACAGUGGGGAAUCUAAACUCUGCCUCUUGGAGUACAAGCUAAUGGAUGUUACUGUUUUUUUGCAUUUACAGAUCUGACUACUAUCUUCUCACUGAGGACAAAAAAAAGCAAAGAUUUGGAUCAUCGUACUAUGAGCAGCACAUUCCAGCCCUGCGCAGGGGAAAGAGUCUGUGUUUCUUUGUUUUCUUGGUUGGCUGUGUGUCUCCUGCCUGGGAAUAUCAUGAGAUUAUAAACAGGAGGUGGCUCCGACAUCUUAUCCCUGUUCCACUCAUCCAUCAGUGCUCCCACCAUCACCAAAGCAAACGAACCAGACAUCUGAGAAAAAGUCUGUCAAGGACAUUAGCCUAUAUUCUCUUAAAAUCCACCGGGUGCAGGUGGCUGAUUCGUUAGCUUUCUUACUGCUGGGGUCAGGAGGAAAAAGCUGAUAGCCUAUAGAGAGUCUCUGGCGAGACGGACAGGUGCUUUUCUGGCUGUCAGCCUCUCUGGGAGGAACCAGCAGUGAAAGAAAAAGCCUCGCUGGGGGGCUCUGCUGGAGUGCAGACACUUUUCCAUUGGCUAUGUUUGGAUGUGAUGCUUGUCUCUGUGGAUGCAACAUGGAAUCUAUGGCCUGAUUACACAGCCCUGGUAUUCAGAUAGUGCUGGAGGGAAGGGAUAAUGCAUAUCCUUCCCUGCCUGGAACAAGAAGCCACCAUGAGCAACGUCACGGUCACCGACAACACUGAGCCCAUCAGCCGCACCAUGAGUCCGGCAACCCCCAGCCCGUAUCCCUAUCCUGUUAGUUUCCAGGUCUCCCUGACUGGCUUCCUCAUGCUGGAAAUCCUCCUGGGCAUGAGCUCUAACCUCACUGUGCUUGCCCUCUACUGUAUGAAGUCGAACCUCAUUAGUUCUGUCAGUAACAUUGUCACUAUGAACCUCCAUGUGUUGGAUGUGCUGGUUUGUGUGUGCUGCAUCCCCCUCACUAUUGUGGUGGUGCUGCUCUCCCUGGAGGGAGACACUGCCCUGGUCUGCUGCUUCCAUGAAGCCUGUGUCUCUUUCGCUAGCGUCGCCACUGCUGCUAAUGUGCUUGCCAUCACCCUUGAUCGCUACGACAUCUCGGUCAAGCCAGCCAACCGGGUGCUGACCAUGGGCCGUGCCCUGGCCCUGCUGGCUGCCAUUUGGGUGCUAUCCUUUGUUAGUUUCCUCGUACCCUUUAUUGAGGUCGGCUUCUUUGCACAGGGCCACACCGAUCUGAAUCAGACAGCUGUGGAAAAUGUGGUGCACACUAACCAGUACUACACAGAACUUGGCCUCUAUUACCAUCUGCUUGCUCAGAUUCCUAUUUUCUUCUUUACUGCCGUUGUCAUGCUCAUCACCUACUCAAAGAUCCUGCAGGCGCUCAAUAUUCGCAUCGGCACACGUUUCCACGCUUCACAGAAGAAGAAGGCUCGCAGGAAAAAGCGUCCAUCCAUGACAGCCAUGACGACGCAGCAAGAGGCCACGGAUGCAUCCCAGAGCAGCGGCAGCCGCAACCCCACACUGGGUAUGCGUACCUCUGUCUCUGUCAUCAUCGCCCUGCGCAGGGCUGUGAAGCGCCACAGAGAAAGGCGAGAGCGCCAAAAGAGGGUUUUCAGGAUGUCCCUCCUGAUUGUGUCUACCUUCCUGUUGUGCUGGACGCCCAUCACAGUGCUCAACACAGUCAUCCUGAGCGUGGGCCCCAGUGACCUAAUGGUCAAGUUGAGACUGGGCUUCCUGGUCAUGGCUUAUGGGACCACUAUCUUUCACCCUCUACUGUACGCCUUCACGAGGCAGAAGUUCCAGAAAGUCUUGAAAAGCAAGAUGAAGAAGCGAGUGGUGUCGAUCAUUGAGGCAGAUCCGACUCCUAACAAUGCCAUCAUCCACAACUCCUGGAUCGACCCAAAGAGGAACAAAAAGGUGACAUUUGAGGACAAAGAUGCCCAACAGAAGUGUCUGUCUUCUGAGGACGUGGAGUGAAGGAACUCGUUGUCUUUCGGGUAUACAGUCAAUAAAAGCAGCUAAAACUGACAUCAGGUCGUGGUGAAAAAGGGAAAAUGUUAAUCCAAAGCAGUAAUGUAAAUAAUAUGUGCAAUAGAAUGUACAAAAACAAGAGGUGGAUAAUUUAUUACUAUUUAUUGAGAACAAAAGUAGGUUUCAUAGAUACACCAUAUAAAGUACUGUAGAUAAUGCAUGGCUUUUUGUAAUGGUAGCAACAAACAGUGCAUUGUGUACAUACGUAUUACAUGUACAGCAUAGGGCAUACAAGGUAUAUAAAUAGAGAGAGAAGUAGGAAUUAUUAUGUAUAUGUAUAUUUAUAAUAAAUCUCGUGUUCACUCACCUAACGCAGCAAAAGGCUUCCUAUUCUCCCCUCCCCCCCCCAAGUAAAGUGUUUGUGAUUCUGUAACAACUGUGAGAUUACUCCCAUUCAUCACAACGCCACUUGCUCUGACACCAGACCCGCAAUCCCCAGUGACCACUGACCUUAUUGCCUGGAUGCCCUCUGAGGAAAGGCCCUCAGCUGAAAUGAGACUAUAGGUAUGAGGAUGCGACAAAGACAGACAGGUCCAACAUGGAGGGAUAGGAAGGGGAAAGGAAGUAGUGUAUGUUAUGCUGCUGUAGCUGAAAAGCUAUGGGGGUACUGUUCACAAUCACUGCUUUUAGAGUUAAGAGAAGAACACUCGCAUUCCACACACACACACACACACACACACAACAGAAGACCAUGGUUCUCAUCACCUCGUAUGACAUAAACCAGAUGUAAUCAAAGCAUAGCCUGUUUCACUUUAACAGUCACGUCUUUGAGCCAAAUGGAAAAUCUACAGUUGCCUUAUUUUGGUUUGAUGAAUUGAGCAUGAUUUUAUGGUGGGACAGGGGCUGUGACAGGGAGAGCACAUACUGAACACAAUGAAAAACAUUAUAACAAAUACUGUUUUAAAUCCUCAGAGUGAAUAGAGAUGUUAUGUUUUCAUAAAGAAGUUAUUUAAUCAAACUAAAGGAAAAUGUUGAAAGUGGUUGUAUUAUCAAAUUGUCUGUUUUUUAAUAACACUAGCUGAACAACAAUGCUCUCCAAAUAAGCAAAUCCAUAACUGCAAUAAAGAACUACUGCAAAAUCUUAAAGCCUAAUAAAAGAUUCUGUUUACAAUCCACAGUAACAGAUAAUGAAGUUCUUCUUCCCUGUCUGUGUAUGUCUACCAAUAGUGCGUGUCCUCCUUUGUUUAUCAAGGAAUAAGACAGUGAAAUUGUAUUUCCCAGGUGGCUGCUGCUGCUAGAUUAUACUUCAGCCCGCCUUGUAUUUUUGGCUCAACUUGAAUAUGAACCAAGUUUGCCCUAAAUAAGUAGGAAUAAUUUAUUCAUACAGCUUCAGAAGAAUUUCAGUAGUAAUAAUCUACAAAAAAAAAAACUGUCAGCUUACUACAUUCAGUCUGUGCUCUAAUACUGAAUUUAGAUGCAGAGUUACAGUAUCCAUUAGCAUAUAAAGCCCUCCUCAGCUAGCCUGGCAGCUCUAUUCAUUACAAUCCCUGGGUCAAGGAUUACGUUCUGUCUAAGAUGUGGAUAUAUACUGUACAGUGCAUUCACAUGCAUGCACACCACACACAUAUCCACACUGUACUCCACAGUAUAUCUCAGUAAUGAGCUUAUUACGCCCUUGCUGUCUCAGGUACAGUAGAAAAUUGAAGAGCCCUUUAGAUCCUGAGAGCACGGGGCUGUUGGCUACCAGAGUGAUUACACAACCUCGAUCAGAUGCUUCUCUGGCUGCCUGUGUGUGUGUGGUUUGUAGCACAACUGAGAGGGCUGAUAUGGGAAUAUUGAUGCAGGCGAGGUUCUUUAUGACCCUGCUGUAAACAGGCGGUAUGGAUGUCGCAGUACCUUGAGGGCAUGUCUGUGAUUGAGAGAGGAGAUGGGAUCACAGCCAGCGACAGAUUAGCUGACAGGGGGAGGGAAAAUGACCUGCGAGAUGAAAUAUUGAACCAGAGGACACAUUUAGCAAACAUAUGUAUACAAGUCCAACUUUUGCAAGGCAAACUUUAAAUGUAGGCUAUCAAAAUACAAAUGUGUAGAUAUAUUCCUGUUACAUAUAAAACAAUGGCAAUAUCUACAUGCACAAAAUAUUCUGGUUUUUGCCUUUAUUCCAGAUUAACAAGCCCUGACAUGUCAUUUAUCACCUUAAUUAAACGUGGCCCAUAUCAAAGUCAGAGUACUGUCAUUUUCAGAAUAAUAGUGCAAUAUCAGCGUGCAUGUAAACACAGUCGAUGACACACUACUACCAGCCAUGUUCCAUGCCUGAAUACAUAAUUGAAACCUCUGCUCAAAUGUCAGGUACUAUUCCAAACUUCAUCAGCGCGACUGAAAAAUCAUUUGUAUUGAUCGCCUGCUAAAAUUACCCCUCAAACACCAAUACUAUUUACACUAACUUGACUUUGAGGUCACUAUUUUUUUUCCCAUCCUGAGGUGCAGCCGGCACCAGCUGAGGCAAAAAGGCCUCUCGAGCACAACCAUCACAGUCUGAUGUUCUGACAGAAUUGCCACAUUAUUCAGUCUGACAUUUGCUACUUGUUGUUGUUCGGGAUUUUCUGUUCGGGAGGGGAGUGUUUUGCCAUCACUAAUCACUGAGACUGAUGGAUAUGUUCUCUUGAUGUUGUUUUCAGAUGAAACUGAAGCUGUGUAAAUGCUGGGUAGGAGUGGUUGGCUCAAGUUUAUCAUGUUUGUUGAUGUAAGAUGAUGCUUUUGUAACAUAAAGACCAAUGUUCAUUUAGCUAUUUACUGUUUUAUUGCCACUAUUCACACAACUAUAUGUCUGUCAAGCCUAUCAGCUUCUUUAACUUGAUCCUCAUUAAGAUCAUCAAGAGGCAAACAAAAAUAAGUACUGAUUUUUUGUUGUUGACUUUUUCCUAAGCUCUCUCGAGGGAGACUGUCAAAAAGAAAUACAUUUAAUGCAUGGUGCUGUUCUCAUUUAUGAGCUGUUUUUAGUCCGUUUCAUUUACAGGCUCGAUAGCUCCACCUUUUAUAUCGAUGCAUGUUGCUAUAUUUGUUCGGAUUC